UAGGAAGUUGCGUGCGCCAUAAGUUACCGUACAGUAGUGUAUCGAACGCCAGUUACGUUUGAAGCUCCACCGACUUUAGUGCACCAUUGUCAGACCAUAAGACUUCUCCCUUCAAAUUUGCAACAAAAAACGCCGCCUUUGAAGCAAAAAACAACCACAAAUACAGGCUGGCUUUUGAAAAGGAAAGGGGAAGAAAAACCAAUAAGGAAUCCCUCUCCUCCUUUCUGGGAGAACAGGUAUUUUCGAUUCUGGUUUUUACCCAAUAUUUACAUGCCUGUUCUCCUUUGAUUUAACCCCCUUUUUCUCUUUUCUGGUACGCUUUCUAAACCCUCUUGGAUUAAUCUCGCAUGGGUAUUGAAUGAUUUGAACUUGGAAUCAGCGGAAACUCUUUGAAUUGAUUGGUUUUUGGAGUUGUUGAGGGUUAUGUUAUUUAUGCUUGAAAGUGGUCGCUUUGGGUGCUUUAAAGGAGACUUUUUGCUGAAUCUAGGUUGAGGGUAUCGAAGCUUUUUAUGAUAUAGAUCCCAUGGGAGCAAUGUUAUAACUGAAAGGAUCGAUUUAGGGUUUGGCAAUCUGUGUGAUCUGUUUUUCUUUCUAUUCUUGGAUGUAUCUUGUUGUUAUUGAAGAAAAGGAUCGGUUUGUGAACUUGCCCGGCUCUCAUCUGGAUGUUCUCAGGCCAUUGAAUCUACCCUUUGAACAGAAAUCGUUUUCUUUUUGUAUCCCAAGAGAUAGAUGGGAUAAAGAGUUCUUCAAGCUUCAGGGCGGGUAAUUAUAAUUUUACAGAUUUGUUGAAUUGAGGAAGAUUUUGGUAAUAUAAUUGGUUUGAGUUGGAUAUUUUAAGAUGGGUUCUCCUCAAGGCUCCACAUUGACAACAAAUAUGGCCGGGCUUGUUGAUGGUUCAACUGCACGCAAAGAGGUUUCCCAUAUUGAUUGUUUGCCUGUUUAUGUCAAAGAGCUAAUAGCUGGUGGCGCUGCUGGAGCGUUUGCUAAAACUACUGUUGCACCUUUAGAACGGAUUAAAAUACUCUUGCAGACAAGGACUAAUGGUUUCCAGUCUCUUGGGGUGUAUCAAUCCUUAAGGAAGUUACUAAAGCAUGAAGGUGUUAUUGGAUUUUAUAAAGGAAAUGGAGCCAGUGUUAUUCGGAUCAUUCCUUAUGCAGCCUUACAUUUUAUGACUUAUGAGCAGUAUCGAGGUUGGAUCUUAGAUAACUAUUCUUUCUUUGGAUCAGGACCUGUUAUAGAUCUUUUAGCUGGCUCUGCUUCUGGAGGAACAGCAGUGUUAUGCACUUAUCCCUUGGACUUGGCUCGCACUAAACUUGCCUAUCAGGUUGUGGACACCAGAACAAAUUUCAGGAGUGGUAUAAGAGGUUUAUAUCCUCAACCUGCAUAUAGUGGCAUAACAAAUGUACUGACAACUGUUUACAAGGAAGGGGGAAUACGUGGAUUAUAUCGAGGUGUAGGUCCGACACUCGCUGGGAUCCUCCCUUAUGCUGGUUUAAAGUUCUAUGUUUAUGAGGUACUAAAGACGCAUGUUCCUGAGGAGCAUCAAAAGUCCAUUGUGAUGCAUCUUUCUUGUGGUGCUCUGGCUGGGUUACUUGGGCAGACCUUCACAUACCCAUUAGAUGUUGUAAGGAGACAGAUGCAGGUUGAAAGUCUUCAGCCUUCAACAAUUCAAGGUAAUACAAGAUAUAGAAACACAUGGGAAGGGCUCACUACUAUUGUCCGUAAUCAAGGAUGGAGACAAUUGUUUGCAGGCUUGAGCAUUAAUUAUAUUAAGAUUGUUCCUUCUGUGGCAGUUGGAUUCACGGCAUAUGACAUGAUGAAGGUUUGGCUUCACAUACCACCCCGAAUGAAAUCACAGGCAAUAUCUUCUGGAUAAAUGGAGACGGAUUUACAAUGGGGGCAACCAAAAUCGAAAAUGCUUCUGGAUAGAAGAACUAUAUUUUAGCACCCAAAAAUAAGAUGCUUGUGCUUAAUCUUUUGAUUUUCGGACUAUUAUAUCAGAAAAUAAAAAUGAGAUGCAAAAGUGAAAUGGAGUGUGUUAAUACUAGAACUGAUCUCAAGAUGCUUGUGCUUUGUAUACUUUUUAUGUACUAUUACUGAGCGAGGCAUAUAAAAUAUCUUAUCUUGUUUCACUUUUUGAGAAAAUUAUCAGACAUGGCUUUCAAUGAUUAAGAUGGCUUAACAAAAAAA